AUGGUCUCAGUUGGGCUGCAGCUCAUGGGUUACACCCUGGCGUUACUAGGGACAAUAGGCACCUUGACAGCCACACUCAUGCCCAACUGGAAGAACAGCUCCUAUAUCGGCUCUAGCAUCGUGACAGCGGUGGGCUUCACCAGGGGGCUUUGGAUGGAGUGUGCCAUCCAAAGCACUGGUAUCACCCAAUGUGAUAUCUACAAUUCCCUACUGGACCUGCCUUCUGACCUCCGGGCUGCCCAGGCUAUGAUGGCGACCUCUGCUGCUGUUUCUACCCUGGCCUGCAUCAUCAGUGUGGUAGGGAUGAGAUGCACCAUCUUUGCUCAGGGCUCCCCAGCCAAGGACAGGGUGGCAGUGAUAGGUGGGGUAAUCUUUGUCCUGGGGGGACUACUGUGUUUCAUCCCUGUUGUGUGGAAUAUCCAUGUGGUGCUGCGUGAUUUCUACAAUCCCAUGAUCCCUGACAGCAUGAAGUAUGAGAUCGGGGAGGCAUUGUACCUGGGCAUCAUGUCCGCCUUGGUCUCCCUCAUUGGUGGCUUCAUACUCUGCGCCUCCUGCCCACCCCGGAACCAGCAACUGGACUUUCAAAGCAUCUACCAAUCCAGACCCCUAGCUGCCAAGAGCCCCCGGCCCUCCAUCAGCCAUACACUAAAGAGCCCCCGGCCCUCCAUCAGCCAUACACUAAAGAGCCCCCGGCCCUCCAUCAGCCAUACACUAAAGAGCCACCGGCCCUCCAUCAGCCACACACUAAAGACUAAUAAGAGUGAGUUCAACUCCUACAACCUGACAGGGUACGUCUAG